UUCGAUUUUAAAGUAGACAAAAAUCAAAAGUCAAAGCGCUGAAUCGAAAAAUACUGGUGCACAGUAGACGAAGGAGGGCACCAAACAAAGGUAUGGAAUUCCCCUCACGUCUUUGUUGAACGUAACUAAUCGUGUAAAAUCUGGAGAUUUUGCAAACCUUCUUGAUUUUGACUUUGCUACUGAUGCGAAUUCGGAAUUUUGUUUUGAAUUCCGAGUUAUUCUGGGAAAGAUAAAAAAAACAGUCUCAGUGCGCGGGUGCAUUUAUAUUUUGUUUCUAUUAUUUGAUGCGAUGAUUCGAAGUAUAAUGUCGGUUUACAGUCUACCUAUCCAAUUGAUUGAAUUUAGGAGAACGGAUUAUAGCUUCCAAGCCCUUUUUAGACAGCGAGUUCGACAGAGUUAAAUGGAAAUAUACUGAAUCCGUAAUAAUCAACGUUUUAUUGGUAUGUAUGUGGUCAGAGAUUAUAUUUGAUUUCGUAUGCAAACAGCAUUAGUUGUUGUGGUUUGGAUAAACUAUUAUAUUAAACAAGUUCUAUUGAAUCUUUCAAACCUGAGCAGCGUAAAGGAGAUAAGAUAUGUUCAAUCAUCUGUAGAUUUCCAAGACGCUUUCUUUGAUACGAAUAAAAUUAUUUUUUUGGCAGUCUUUUAAAAAAACAUAUCGAUCGGGUCCACAGCCAGGCAAUAAUCAAAGAGGCUAAAUCGUUGAUGGAAGGCCUUUUUACAAGUUUAUUGUGCAUCAUUUCUUUAUUCUUGCUCUUCUUAGGUUCUUUUGCUGUAGACAGCAUAGCUUCAAAUCAAGGCAUCAAAGAUGGUGAGACCAUUGUUUCAACUGGAGGAAUGUAUGAACUGGGCUUUUUUAGCCCCAGUAACUCAAACGAUCGGUACCUGGGAAUAUGGUUCAAGAAGAUAUCAACAGGUAGAGUGGUAUGGAUUGCUAACAGAGACUUUCCAUUACUCAAUAGAACAGGAAAACUCAAAGUCAGUAGUGAGGGACUCCUGUUGCUUUCCUGCUGUGGUGAUACAGUAAUCUGGUCAUCCAAUUCCUCUGCUUCUGUCAGGUACAAUAACAAUCCAGUGGCACAACUUUUGGAUACUGGAAAUUUUGUUGUAAAAGAUGGUAGUAGUAAUAGUAGUAGUUCUAUUCAAACAAAUUUCAUAUGGCAAAGUUUUGAUUAUCCUGAUGACACUUUGCUAGCUGGAAUGAAACUUGGUAAGGAUUUUGUAAGAGGCAUAAACAGGAGCUUGACAUCAUGGAAGAGUCCUGACGAUCCUUCUACAGGUCAGUAUGUAAGUUAUGUAGAUACAAAUGGAUACCCACAAUUAAUUGUGAGCCAAGGUUUAGUAAUAGACUUAAGAUUUGGACCAUGGAACGGCAUCAGGUUUAGUGGUUUGCCUUUUGAGACGUCAAAUCCAAUAUACUCUCAUGAUUUUGUUGUCAACCAGAAGGAAGUAUAUUAUAAAUUCGAGCUUAAGAGUUCAAUUUUUCAGAUAAUAUCUUUGAGGUGGGAUGGAAGCAUAGCAUUGUUGCAUUGGAACAAUCGAAGUCAAAAUUGGGUUGUGUAUACAAGUGGUCUGAUAGACAGUUGUGUUCGCUAUGGAAUCUGUGGUCCUUAUGGAAGCUGUAACAUCAACAGAAAUCCUCCUUGUAAUUGUAUGGAAGGUUUUGAACCAAAAAGCCCUGAAGAAUGGAACAUAGCAGACUGGUCUAAUGGGUGUAAGCUCCAAAGUCCUUUAGAUUGUAAGGGUGGGGAUGCCUUUCGGAAAGUUACUAAAAUGAAAUUUCCUGACACGCGAUAUUCAUGGUACAAUAGGAGCAUGACACUUGGCGAGUGUGAGAUAGCCUGCAGGAAAAAUUGCACUUGUACAGCUUAUGCGAAUUUAGAUAUCAGAAAAGAGGGGAGUGGAUGCUUACUAUGGUUUGGUGAAUUGAUGGAUCUCAAUGUCUGUGAAGAGAACCAAGAUCUUUACAUAAGAAUGCCUGCGUCCCUACUAACAGGUCUUACAGUCUCCCAACCUGGCUUCAAUAGAAAGAUUGAAAUACUCAUCAUAGUCAUGCCAACUUUGGUGAUCUUAAUGGGCCUGUCUGUAGCAGUGUAUGCUUUCAGCAUGAAAAAGAAAAGGUCUUACAUCAAAGGUCGAGGUCGAAGGGUACACUCCACUGAUAGACAUAAUUCAGAUGUAGAGAAGGAAGAUCUAGAGAUGAAUUUUGUUAGCUUAUCUAUAAUAACCAAGGCUACCAAUAACUUCUCAAUAGACAAUAAGCUUGGAGAAGGUGGCUUUGGUCCUGUUUACAAGGGAGUAUUGGAAACAGGACAAGAAAUAGCUGUGAAGCAACUUUCUAGAACUUCUGAACAGGGUUAUGAUGAGUUCUACAAUGAAGUUGUUUGUGUUGCCAAACUUCAACAUCGGAAUCUUGUGAAGCUUGUUGGAUACUGCAUGGAUGGAGAUGAAAGGAUCCUGAUUUAUGAAUACAUGUCUAACAAAAGCCUGGACUUACUUCUAUUCGAUGAAACCAAAAGUUGCAUGCUUGACUGGCCUCAACGUUUUUGCAUCAUCAAUGGGAUUGCUAGAGGAAUGCUUUAUCUCCACCAAGAUUCUCGCCUUCGAAUCAUACACAGAGACCUGAAAGCAGCCAAUAUUCUGUUGGAUCAUGACAUGAACCCUAAAAUAUCAGAUUUUGGCCUUGCUAGAGAGUUUGAAGGAAACCAGAUCACUGCAAAAACGAAGAAAGUGGUUGGAACAUAUGGUUACAUAUCACCCGAGUAUGCACUUCAUGGACGCUUUUCUGUAAAAUCAGAUGUGUUCAGUUUUGGUGUUUUGGUGCUGGAGAUAGUGAGUGGGAAGAAAAACAGAGAAUUCUCACAUGAAGAUCUCAAUGAUAACCUUCUUGGACAUGCAUGGAGACUGUAUACAGAAGGCAAGUACCUUGAUCUCAUGAGCCCAUCUUUACACAACUCAUGCAUUAUCUCAGAGGUGAAAAGAUCAAUACAUGUUGGGCUUUUAUGUGUACAAAAUCAUGCACAAGAUAGACCAACUAUGUCCUCUGUGGUUAUGAUGUUGGGUGGUGAGGGAUCACUACCUCCACCUAGACAACCUGCUUUCUUUGCUGAAGAAGGUUCACUUUUUAUAGGGUUCAAGUUUCUAUAAGAGGGAUGACAAGAUUGAGAAGUAACUUUUACACACUUUAAGAGUAUUUGGAUGUGUCUUUUAUAUCAAGAUCAAGGGUGCUGACAUAAACAAUCGAGGCAAGUGCCAAGAAAUACAUAUUUUUUUACUAGGUUGGGAUAAUAUGGGAUAUACUUUUCUGGAUUAUCAGAUUAUAAGAAGAAUGAAUGUUAUAUUCAAUUGGAAUAUAAAGAUGAUCUUGCAACACCUUUAUUAUAAAGAAAGAAGAAACCACAUGGAAAGGAGCAAGUAAUGCUUUAGAAGUAUAUUAAUACACCAAACUGGUAGAAGAUCCCGUCCCCAUCAACAAAUUAUUUUCUAUUGAAUAUACCGACUUCUCCCCAUGCAAAAAGAUUCAACAUUUAGGGAUUAAGAGAGAAGGGUGUCAAUCCGGUUACAAAAGUUUCAUUAGCUCUUGCCUAAACCUUAAGAUGAAGUAUGAUCUGAAGUUCAAAAGUGAGAAAUGUGACAACGUAUCUGCAUGACUGGAAGCCGUAUUUUGUUUUUGAAGUCACCGGAUCAAACGGUCAAUGGUCAAUGGUCUGGAAUAUCAUUUCAUUGAAUCUGAUUUGCCACAAACAAAUCCGAUAUCACAACCUUCAUGUAUUAUAUCGUUCGUGGGGUCCAUUUGCAUGUUUUAUCAUUAUUUGGACAUAUGUGAACGUUUACUGUUUU